AGGCGGUCUAGUUUUGUUUUUAAAGUCUAUAAAACACCCUUAGAGUAAUCAGAAAUGGACAAAGACAGCGAUUUGAAGCAGCAUAAGUUACAAAAUGGUGCCAACACCUUCAAUAUUGCUUCUGAAACUAAAGACAAUAAAUCUGAAAAAGCCACCAUGCUUCAAAAAGAUGUUGGUCUCCUGAGUGGAAUCAGUCUGAUUGUAGGGACUAUGAUUGGUUCAGGCAUCUUCAUCUCUCCUAAAUCGGUUCUGCUCUACACAGGAGCAGUGGGACCCUGUCUCCUGGUCUGGACUGCCUGUGGAGUUCUGUCCACUCUUGGUGCAUUGUGUUACGCUGAACUCGGUACCAUGAUCACCAAAUCUGGGGCAGAGUAUGCUUAUCUCUUGGAGAGUUUUGGUUCUAUUGUGGCAUAUCUGUACUCCUGGACCACCAUUGUGGUUCUUAAGCCUUCCUCCUUUGCAAUCAUUUCUCUGAGUUUUGCCGAAUAUGCUGCCACUCCUUUCUACCCUGGGUGCAGUCCUCCAGCACUGGUCAUUAAAUGUCUUGCCUCAGCUGCAACGUUUAUUAUUGUCAUAGUCAACUGUCUGAGUGUGAAAUUGGCAAGUUAUGUACAAAAUGUCUUCACUGCGGCCAAACUUCUGAUCAUUAUUGUUAUUUCUGUGGCCGGCAUGGUUUUGCUGGCUCAAGGAAAUACAGAAAAUUUUUCCAAUUCGUUUCAAACCGCAUCAGUAUCUUUUGGUUCUAUUGGUCUUGCAUUUUACAACGGACUCUGGGCAUAUGAUGGAUGGAACCAGCUGAAUUUCAUUACAGAGGAGUUAAAAAACCCUUAUAGGAAUCUUCCUUUGGCUAUUAUAAUUGGUAUCCCUUUAGUGACAGUUUGUUAUGUGUUGGUCAAUGUGGCUUACUUCACUGUCAUGACACCAAGUGAGCUGUUGCUGUCUCCAGCUGUUGCUGUGACUUUUGGUGACAGAGUUCUUUACCCUAUGUCAUGGAUCGUCCCACUUUUUGUUGUCUUUUCCACAUUUGGUUCGGCCAAUGGUAGCUGCUUCACAGCUGGCAGACUGGCAUAUGUAAGUGGUAGAGAGGGCCACAUGGUUAAAAUCUUAUCUUACGUCAGCCUCAGACGCUUCACACCAGCACCUGCUCUGAUUUUUAAUGGCUUUUUGUCCUUACUUUACAUCCUGCCAGCAGACAUUAACACCCUCAUUAACUACUUCAGCUUUGCUCAGUGGUUCUUCUAUGGUCUGACAGCAUUUGCUCUCAUUGUGAUGCGUUUCACAAGAAAGGAACUUCACCGGCCAGUCAAGGUGCCGAUUGUUUUGGCAGUUCUGAUGACCCUGGUGUCUUUCUACCUGGUGCUGGCUCCCAUCAUUGAUAAACCAGAAAUAGAGUACCUCUAUUGCACUGUUUUUAUUUUUAGUGGACUCAUCCUCUAUUAUGUUUUUGUUUACAAAAGGGUCAAGUGGGCACAUAAAAUGAUGAGACCCAUCACCAUGCAUCUACAGCUGCUCUUGGAGGUAGUCCCACCUGAAAAAAUUGAAUGAACUUUUUCAAAAAGAGU